AUGGCCUGGGUGCUGAACAUGGACGAGGCGAUCGAGUCCGGGCUGGUGCACGACUUCGACGCCAGCCUGUCGGGCAUCGGCCAGGAGCUGGGAGCCGCCGCCUACAGCAUGAGUGACGUCUUGGCAUUGCCCAUCUUCAAACAGGAAGAUUCCAGCCUUCCUUCAGACAACGAAACGAAGCAUCCACCAUUUCAGUACGUCAUGUGCGCUGCGACUUCUCCAGCCGUCAAAUUGCACGAUGAAACUCUCACUUACUUGAACCAAGGUCAGUCCUACGAAAUCAGAAUGCUGGAUAACCGGAAGAUGGGAGAUAUUCCAGAGAUCAGUGGGAAGUUAGUGAAGAGCACCAUCCGGGUGGUGUUCCACGACCGGCGACUCCGCUACACGGAGCACCAGCAGCUCGAGGGUUGGAAGUGGAAUCGCCCCGGCGACCGGCUCCUUGACCUAGAUAUUCCAGUGUCGGUUGGAGUAAUUGACACAAGGACAAAUCCAAGCCAGUUAAACGCGGUUGAAUUUCUGUGGGACCCCACGAAACGCACAUCUGCUUUUAUUCAGGUACAUUGCAUCAGCACAGAGUUUACCCCCCGGAAGCACGGUGGGGAGAAAGGAGUUCCUUUCCGGAUUCAGGUCGACACGUUCAAACAGACCGAAAGCGGGGAAUACACGGAUCAUCUGCACUCAGCCAGCUGCCAAAUCAAAGUCUUUAAGCCCAAAGGAGCAGACAGGAAGCAGAAGACCGAUCGAGAGAAGAUGGAAAAGAGGACGGCCCACGAGAAGGAAAAGUAUCAGCCUUCGUACGACACCACGAUCCUCACGGAGAUGAGACUUGAGCCCAUAAGUGAAGAUGCAGUUGACCCUGAGCAGAAAAAGUCCAGCAAGCGGACUUUGCCAGCAGACUACGGUGAUUCUCUGGCAAAGCGAGGCAGUUGCUCUCCAUGGCCCGAUACUCCUACGACCUACGUCAACAGCAGUCCCACUCCGACUCCGACUUUUACCUCUACUCAACACAAUACCUACAGUGUCCCAGAUAGCAACUCUUCCUCCCCAAAUCAUCAAGGAGAUGGAAUCUUGCAAGGCUCUGGAGAACAACUCUACCCUUCAGCCACAAUCCAGGAAACUCAGCAGUGGCUGCUGAAACACAGGUUCUCUACGUACGCAAGGCUUUUUUCCAAUUUCUCAGGUGCCGAUUUAUUAAAGCUGACCCGAGAGGACCUGGUCCAGAUCUGCGGCCCGGCCGACGGAAUCCGGCUCUACAAUGCACUGAAAUCCCGGUCGGUCCGGCCCCGCCUCACCAUCUACGUCUGCCAGGAGCAGGCGAGGAGCGGCAGUAGCAGCAGCAGCAGUAGCAGCAGCAGCGGCGGCGGUAGCGGCGGUGCCCCUCAGGAGCGGCAGCGAGAGGCCGAUGCCAGCAACGCUUCCCUCUACGUCUAUCACGCCAUCUACUUGGAGGAAAUGGCCGCCUUGGAAGUGACCCGCAAACUGGCUUUGGUGUUCAAUAUCCCUCUGCACCAGAUCAACCAGGUGUACAGGCAAGGUCCCACCGGCAUCCACGUUCUCGUUAGCGAUCAGAUGGUUCAGAACUUUCAAGACGAGAGUUGUUUCUUAUUCGCCACGGUGAAAGCUGGCUCAGAGGGCAGGGGCCCUGGAGAGCCGCCAAGUCCGUCUGUUGCUUCUCAGAGCAGCCCCAUUUUCCCGCCUGGGAAAGAAAAUCUUCCCCGGCUGUGGGCAGCAGCUGAAAACGGUGACGGUUUCCACAUCAUUUUGAAGUGAUGCCAUACGUUCGCUGGACUGCUAAUCAAUCUCGAGUGGAGUCACGCUCCUUAGGGUCUGAAGACUGAAGCCAUAGGUCUUGGGGUUGGACUCCACCGUAUAAAAAUGUUUCAUAUUGAAAACAAAACAGAACAAAAAAAAAAUGACCUUCCUAACGAGCCGUCGAGAGGCAGCCUUCCUCCCGAUCACUGCCGAGGCCGAGUAUCCUCAUGAGAGGUCAGAGGGCGCGACGGCAGUCUGCUCGCGGGCCCAGGAGGAGACAACCGGGCGAGCGGAAGGAAGAAGGCGACGACGUCCGGCCGGCUGGCCGGCCACCGACCGAUGCCGUCCGGUCCGUCCCCACGGCCGGCGGGGAGGGACUCGCCCGCCGGCGCCGGGCCCACCUGGAAGGGAGGACGUACGCUUAGCGGAGGGCAUCUUACCCGUCCGGGCCGGUUUGUCUAUUACUGCUUGUAUUUUUAUGCUGUUUUGUUUUUUGGUCUUUU